UAACUGUGCUCCAGGACGCAUGCGCGAAAGCUGCUGCCGAUUACCUCUGAGAGGCGAGUGUGGCGGAGCGUUGAGUAGCGGCCGUUUGAGGAGACGAGAAAGCGUCGCUUACACAACAAUCAGACCCUGAGGGUGGCAGUUAACUUCGCAUCGGACAACGCACGUAAAGGAUUCUAAAUGAUGUCCCGGAGAAGAAGCAGAAGCCCAUCCCGAGAACGUCGAAUGCGUGGUGAACGUGGUGCAAGUACCAAGACUGACAGCGCUGAUCCUCGAGAUCUUGAGAGGCGCAUUUUUGUUGGAAAUUUGCCCACCGACUCCAUGGUGAGGAAGGAUUUGGAGGAUAUGUUCAUUAAAUACGGCAAGAUAAAUGCUUUGUCAAUGCACCAUGGAUUUGGGUUUGUGCAGUUUGAUCGUGUUGAGGAUGCUAAAGCUGCCGUGCAAGGAGAGAACGAGCGAAUGUGUAGAGGGUACAGAUUAGAUGUUAAUAUGGCAGCUGAAAGAAGAAAUUCGAAUAAAACUGCACGGAGACCGAGUCCUCCGAGAAGAGAUCCGUUUGCCUUUGGUGACGAACGUGAUGUUAGACGUGAACGCUCUCCACUCAGACCUGCUAGAGAUGAACGAGAUGCAAGAGACCCUCUGUAUGAUAGGUACAGGGAUGCUAGAGACCCCAGGGACCCAACCUACAGACGGGAAGAAGUCUACGAUAGGUAUUAUCGCUAUGAUGAUGUUUUGCGAAGGAAGGAGGAGCCAUAUAUGGAUAGAUUCCGGGAGCCAUGGGAUUCCAGGGCCCCUCGUGAAGUUGAUGAUCCGAUGAGACGAGAGCGCCGAAGAGAAGAACUGUAUCGGCAAUACUAUGAUGAGAUCCAAAGACGUUAUGAUGCUGAAAGACCUGUGGAUUGUUCCGUUAUUGUAGUCAACAAACAGCAAAAGGAAUAUGCAGAGUCUGUUGGUCGAAAGGUUCGUGAUCUUGGUAUGGUCGUCGAUUUGAUAUUCUUGAAUACUGAAGUGUCGCUUACCCAAGCUCUUGAAGAUGUCAGCAGGGGAGGCACGGCAUUUGCUAUUGUCAUUACUCAACAACAUGAAAUACAUCGAUCGUGUACUGUUAAUAUCCUGUUUGGAACACCACAAGAGCAUCGUAACAUGCCAAUGGCUGAUGCAAUGAUCUUGGUUGCACGCAAUUAUGAGAGAUACAAGACGGAAACGCGUGAAAAAGAGCGAGAAGAGGUUGCAAGAAAAGCAGCUAAAAUGGCAGAUGAAGUAAUCAUGCGUGAACGGGAGCCUACCCAAGGGGGUCUGGAAGAGCGAGGAAAUCCCCCCAGCAUCCAGCCACUGUUGAACCUGCUUGCUGAUGGAAGAUACCUUACCAUAGAGGAAAUUGACAAGAUCAUAGAAUACCUGAGAGAAAAAAAGGAACGAUUUCUUAGAGGAGGAGACUCCUUGCAUGGAUCUGUUCACAAUCCAGCUCCCCUGCCCAGACCAAACAUGGGUUCUGUAGGGAUGAACCCACUUGAUGCACAGCCGUCGCUACCACCUGCUCCGUCUUUAAAGGGAGGGCCGCAGGACACACAAGCAGCACAGCAGCAGGAGCUGCAAGCCAAGAUUUUAAGCCUCUUCAACAGUGGAGCAUCUGGUGCAAAUACGAAUACUGCAGGAACACAGGGCCCAGCUUAUGGAAGUGCACUGAAUACCCAGCCUCAAAACCGAGCUGGCCAGCUUGGUCUGAGUAACUCUUCGUAUCUGUCUCAAGCUCAGCAGCGCAUGACAGGUCCUAAUUCACAACUUCCACCUUUAAUGAGUCAAGCAGUUGCACCGAGAGCCACUGCCAUUCGCUCACCUCUGCCUCAACCCCAAGGUCUUUAUGGCCAGCAGCAACCUCGAGGUCCAACCCCUAAUCAGUCAAGUGCUUUGUCUCAGGCCCAGAGAUCUGGUGUUGCAACAGACACCCAGAAUACUGUGUGGAUAGCAGGACAUGUGAUCAUCAGCCAGGCACGUGACAGAGCAGCCACCAAACCGUACGGGAUCAAUCUUGGCCUUGAUAAACGUGGUUUUUCAGUUCAUUGGCUGAGCACACCUGAUCUGAGAUGGCACGAGCUCCAUGACCUUUUAAUGCAUCACCUGGCACAACACCAGCCCCCAAAGUACCUGCUCAUUCAUUUGGGAGAUAAUGACAUAGGUUACGUCCAGACUAGUGACAUAAUAUACAUGGCAAAAGAGGUGCUGGGAGCACUGGAAGCCCUAUUACCAAAGACUACAUUGGUUUGUUCAGAGUUGCUCCCACGUCCUCAUUGGGCUUUUCAGCCUGGUGCUCAACUUGAGAAUGACAGGAGAACUAUAAAUGGGGUAAUAAAAAAAUACAUGGAAUACAAGGGCCAAAGAUUCAUAGAACACCCUUUUGACAUCAAGCGUCAAGGUCUUUAUGUUGGUAGAGGAGAUUACUUAACUGAUGUUGGUUUAGAUUUAUUCAAUAACACUUUGAUGGACAGUCUGAAAUAUUACUUGAGGGAAGAUCUGAUGUAUGGUAGUUAGCUUGUUUCCCACUUGAUUGGCAUUCCCUCUCCUGUUGCCUGGUGACCUGAAACCAGUAAGUGGUUGCUACACUACUGGCUUGUUUAAAGUUAGGUUGGUUCAUCUGUUGGUCAACAUGGAGGAUUUGUCAAACUGUCAUCUUGGGCAGCUGCUGACAUACCAAACAGAUCAGUAGCCAAAGUACUGUCUUUGACAAAAUGAAAGUUGAAAUGGGGUGCAUCGUAAUUGCAUCCAUAUGUAUAUUUGAUUUGUUAGCUUGAGAGAGCUUACAGACUAGUCAAGGGAAAUUUUUCAUGUCUGUUUGAAUGGAUUUUUGUUUGUAAUAAAUGCAGGCUGAUUGGCCUUUCAUCGUUAA